AUGACGUGCGCUGACAUGCUGCAGUACCACCCCGGGCCUGUGGGGGUGGACCCUGACAUGCUGCAGUACCACUCCGGGCCUGUGGGGGUGGACCCUGACAUGCUGCAGUACCACCCCGGGCCUGACGGGCGCCUGCGGCCUGGAGACCAGCUCAUUGCCAUCAACAAAGAGUCUCUGAUCGGAGUGACCCAUGAGGAGGCGAGAAGCAUGAUCCACACAGUCAGGAGCGGGUGA